GCAUGUCAAUUUAAAACAGCAAACUUCUUCUACGACGGUACAUACAACAUCACCCUACCCUACCCUACCAACCUUUUUUGAACGGGUAAACACCAAAAAUGCUAGAACUAAUAGCCACACAAUGAAUCUCCCCAACUAUCGAAGACGAACAUACUCUGUCAAUCUCAAGAUAUCAGCAGUCAAACAGACGACUGAGUAUAGUCUUCAAUAUGUAGGACUUUAGCAAUCCUAAGCUGAUUUGUAGCUAUUAAUACCCAAGGUACCCAAAUAGAGACAGCGUCAGCAGUAUGGAGCUCCCCAUCGCAUCGCAACAUGGUCUCACGCUUGGGUAACUGAACAAGACGGCUAAAGAGCAUUCAACCCCCUUGCGAUAUUAAUCCCAACACCUCUCUCCAGCCAGCGGCCAUUCGACUCCCUAUAAUUCCAUGGCUUAAAGUAGUAAUAAUCUGCCCCCGGAGUGUCAAGCCGCUUCCAUGCCAAGGCCUAAUGCCUUCGUAUUCAUAGGUAGCGAUGGUGGAGGUAGAUAGGUAUGUAGGUCCAGAGCGACGGGGAAUAAAUAGCUAUAUAUGAUGGUCUCAUACGAUUUCGCGGAACUGAGAUGGGGCGUAGAAGUCUACUUAAAGACUGCCUAGUACCACAGACCUUCCCUCAGCACUCAAUCGUUCAAUAAAAGUAGACGUUAUCAUUUCACUCCAUCGUAAUUCAUCAUCAUAAUGCUCUUCAACACAAUCACCCUUCUAAGCCUCGCCGCCCUCGCCGCCGCCAUGCCCGCGGAGGAGCGCUGCCCCCGGGUACGGUGCAUGGACGCGGUCAACAAAUGCGGCAUCAAAUACGGCGUCUGCUACGACAUGUGCACCGAGAACCCUACACCUCCACCGUGUCCUCCGGCCGAGGCCCCAUCCACCACGCCUAUACCCACACCAACUCCAACUCCAACUCCAACCUCCCCCGCGACACCCUGCAACGAAGACGAGACGACCUGCGUCGAGUCCUUGCGGGUCUGCGGGUCGCCGGCUACGGCCACCGUGACUUUUGGCGGAUGCUUCCCGGCGUGUGGCCCGUCGCCGACGUUCUCGCCGCCGCCGUGCCCGGUCGCGACUACGACUUUUGAGGUGACCCCGACGGCGUGAGAGUAAGGAAUUCAGUAAGGGCGCGGUUGAAGGGAAUUGGGUCGUACGCGCGCAUCGUCUUUCUUCGUGGAGCUCGCUGGCCCUUGUGCAGGUUCUACGUCUCCGCCUCUCACAUUCUCCCAAGCCUUCAUCGUCUUUUGCUUGCUAGGUAGGUAGGUGCUGAGGUUUCGCUUUGCAUUGUAAAGGAGUUCGACGUUGUUCAGGGGUUCGUUUCUAAGGUGAAAAGGGGGUACAUAUGUAGGUAGUUCAUGUAGGGAAAAGUUAUUGCUUCAAUCCAAUUGAUUCCAAUCCAAGUCAAGUCAAGUCAAUGCCAUCCAUUGAUGCUUCACGCGAUGCAGAGGCUCCAACGUAGUGACAUUACAC